AUGUUAAGUGGAACUGAGGUUAAGUCAUGGACAGAAAUUGGGCUUAAGACAGAUAAAUAUAUAGAUGGAUUAUCCCUGGAUAUUACUGACAGUGAUACCAAGACCCCAGUUUACUAUGUUAGUUUAAUAGCAGUAAAUGGUGCUGGCCUUGAAAGUUCACCUGUGGUGUCAACACCAAUAGUAGUGGUGGAAGCUGACAAAGCAGGUAUAGUUAUUGAUGGUACAGAUGGAACAGACUAUGAUCCUGUAUCUGACAUUGGUGUUGACAUCGAUUACCAGUCUGACACUUCUACAGUCAGUGUACAGUUUACAGGAUUUGAGAGCCACCUUCAUGGUGUUAUGGCCUAUGAAUGGGCUGUAGGAACAACUCCAGGUGGACAAGAUGUUACCACAUUUUCAGCUGAUGGAAUUUCACACGUAGAAGAGCAAAAUAUUGCUGGAGAUGGUCUAACAAGCUCUGGAUAUGCACAGGUAAAUGUUCAGCUGGAGCCUGGAAGUAUAUAUUAUUCUACCAUUAGAGGUGUUACUAACGCUGGAAGUAUUAUUGAGUCUGUAUCGGAUGGAAUAACUGUAGACUUAUUACCACCAGACAUUGUUUUGGACAGACUUUCUGAUACAAGUGCAAACAAUGGUGAAAUUGGUUCAAGUACAUCAAUGUAUAAAAGUACAUCUGACUCUCUGUCUGCAAUGUGGCACUACAAUGACACAGACAGUGAAGUAACAAGGGCCUGGUAUUCUGUUGGGACAUAUCCAUAUGCAGAGGACAUAUCACUUAGAUCAGAAGUAAAUAUAUCCUCUACACAAACUAGUCACAUGGAAGCUGGUACUGUAACACCUGAUAUUACAGGUAGACCAAAUAUAAUCAGUAUCUGGGCAGAAGAUAAAGCUGGUAUGAUUGGUAGAACUACAUUUGGUUCAGUUAUCAUUGAUACCAGUAAACCAGGAAGAGGAUAUGUUACUUGUCCAGAAUACAUAGGGAUGGAAACCCCAAUACUGUGUUCAUGGUCAGGAUUUUUAGAUGAAGAGAGCCCUAUCCAGAAAUUUACCAUUUCACUAGGAUCAGAACAAGGGUCCUCAGAUAUAUUUGAAGAACAUGUCAGUGGAUUUGUUUCUUUUUAUAGUAUAAAAGGAGUGAAUCAUCUUUUAGACCAUGGUAAAUCCUACUAUGCUACAGUAACAGCAGUUAAUUCAGUAGAUAUGGAAACAUAUGCAUUUUCUGGACCCAUCUCCAUUGAUACAACACCACCUAAACAUGGGAAAGUGGUGGACCUGCAUACAGUUUAUAGAAUCAAUGUAAAAGACAACAGUGAAACUGUAGCAAUGAAUGCUAAAAUCUGCACUACAGAUGAAGAAUGUGAUUCCUUAGAUGCCGUCUGCUCAGAGUCCCUCACAUCUGUAUCAGCAACAUGGCAGCUGUUUUCUGAUGAUGAAUCUGAAAUUGUUGGGUACCAGAUAGCAGUAGGAACAACACCAGGUGGGGGACAGAUCAAAGCUUUCUUUGAUAUACCUGAGGAUGCUAGACAUUAUACAGUAUCUGGUCUGAAUUUGAUGGGAUAUAGAAAGGUUUAUGUAUCUAUCAGAGGGACAAAUGGAGCUGGAGUUUCAAGUGUAGCCACUUCAAAUGGUGUUUAUAUAUCCUACCUGAGUCAAGGCCUUCAGCCAUUAUCACAUAUUGCAAUUAGUGAUGUACUGGAAAACUCUUAUGUUGAUGUAGAUUUCCAGAAGAGUUUUGACACACUAAGAGCAUCAUGGGAUAUGUCAGGUGACCCUUGUCCAUCAGUGAGAAAUGAAUGGCAGAUACAAAGGCUGGAUGGAAAAGUUAUCUCUGAAUGGCUAGACAUGCAUGUUUCAGAAAACGGAAUGCUUGAUGGACUCCAUUUGAAUGACAGAGAACUGUAUUAUUCCUUGUUGAGAGUAACAAAUGCCUUGAAUUAUACCUACAUUAUCAGAAGUAAUGGAGUAACAAUAGAAGAAGAUCCCCUGCUUCCAGGCAAAGUUUUUGAUGGAUACAUAACAGGGUUUGAUUUGAACAUACUUCCUUCUCAACGCAAAGUCACUGCAAACUGGGAUGGUUUUGGUCUGCCAGCUUCUGCCUCAUUUCAGGUAGAUGUUGAAGGAAAUCCUGGAUAUCAGGUAGAUGACUCAAAAACAGAGGAACAGCGUGAAACACAACAGGUCUUCUUCUAUGAAGUAUCUGUUGGAACAGACAGAAGAUUUCCUAAAACCAGGGAUAAUGUUGUACCAUUUACAAAUGUUGGUGGGAACAAAUCUGUCACAUUCUAUGAUCUUAACCUUGAGUCAGGAUUAGCAAGAUAUUACUUCACUGUAAGAGCUUACAGUGUAUCUUAUUCUGUUGCCACAGUUACAUCUAAUGGCUUCCAUGUUGGAUAUGAUGGUGGUGUUGAAGGUGGCUCUUUUAUCAUGGGAGACUAUAUCAAUACUGAUACCUACGUAGAUAUACAAUUUGAAGGUUUUACAUCUAAGUUGGAUAUUAUGAUGUAUUAUAUAGGACUGUCCAAUCACACACAAGCUGUUGGAACUGACUGCAAACAAUAUGUAAAUUGGUGGACAAGAAGGAAACCAAGCAGUGGAAAAAUCAUUUAA